AAUAAACCAGAGAGGAGGAGAGGAAGAGGAGGAGGAGCUGGGAAAGCACCAGAGGAGGCAGACGCAGCUCACAGCUGAGCUGAGAGUCAGACAGGAAGCAGCUCGACCUGCGGCUCGCUCUCACAUCUGGAGAGGAACAACUUCUCCUGUCUGAGAGGUGUUUCCUUCUUUCUCUGAGCCUCAAAGGAGAAGAGGAAGAAGACGAGCUCACAGCUGCACGUUUCACAGAUUUCUCUUCUGCAUGAAAAUCUCUCCUCCCACUGCUGAGGGGAAAGAAGAAGGAGGAGGAGGAGGAGGAAGGGCUCUGCACAUAUCAGCCGGAGGACAGAGACACAGAGCAACGGAGCAGUGAGUGAAAGCUGUGAAGUGAAGUGGACAGGAUUCUGACUUGUUUGAGAAUCUGAUGAGAGACUCAGGGCGAGCUGUGGGCGGCAGACAGCUGCGGCCGCGAUUCACAAAACCUGACUUGGCACAAAAUCAAAGAGAUGCUACAACUAAGACGAAGCUCGCGCAUCACGAGAGGAGCCACUGAGUGAAAGUUGAAGCUUUGACUGUUUGCUCUGUUUACGUCUGGAAAAUGAGUUCCAUGUCCACAUGAAGCUGGGACGAGGCUGGCCCAGAGACAAAGUCAUCAGGAGGGGACAUCUGUGUGUGCUGGAGGUACGGAGGAGCAGUUAUGGGCUAAAUGGAUUUCCAAGAGGUGAGAGGAAGUCAUGCUGAACGCCGUGCGCCGCUGCUGCUGUCACCAUGUUUUCUCUGGACGGAAUAAAACACAUAACAAAGGAGAAUAUUUGAACAGCUUCCUGCACCUGCUCUUCUCUCCACUUUUCACAACACCUGGAUGAGUUUAAAGCCUCUGAACUCUGACUGAACUCAUCGUUCGUCUCCAUUAUCUGUGUCUAAACACUGCUGGAGACAGAGCUGGAUUUGGUUCCACCUGCUGAGCACAAAUUAUAGAGCAGAAGGAGUUUGUUUGUUUGCAGCGACACACCUGGACCUGACUGCUGGUGCCUUUUUGUUAUGUAGCCACCUCUUUUUCUUUUUUUUUUUUUGUUUGCCCUCUCCAGAUGGCUGCCGUGCUGGCAGGUGGAUGAUGCAGAUGCAGUCGCCUCAUUCCACAUUAACUGGGUUUCACAAAAUAAACGAUCAGGCCGGAGCAAGCGGGAGGCAGAAAUGAAAGCGUGCAUCACAGUGACAGUGUGUUUGUGCCCUGUAGCUUAAACACUGUGAAGGUUUCUGUCUCAGAAGUGAAGGCUUUAAACAUUUACACUGACGUAUCUGCCUGCAGCUCAGGAGGCUUCAGCUCCAAACGUAAAGAGACUGGGAGCAGAUAAACAUGAAAAACAAGUGGACAGAGUCUCACGUGUUCGUCUGUCAGUAGUUUGUGUUUGAAUGAGAUGAAUCCCACAGCAUGAAGGAUGUGAAACACACAUUUACAGAGUGUAGGGAGUAACAGAGACAAAAGCUGGGUGAUAGAGUACACACUACAAACACAUCUGGUGCCCGCGGCCUGCUGGUGGCAUCAUGCUGAAUGUUGCUGGGAGCACUGGUUUUCUGCAGGGUGUGGUGGCAGCAGCGGUUACAGCAGCAUCACCAUCAUGGUGGUCUGUCGUUGUCUUGUUAGUCUGUCUCCAGCUCCCCCAGCUGAGCCGUGUCCAGGCCACCAUCUGCCUGUCUCAGGGCUCCUCCCAGGCCGGCGGAUGUGUCUGUGCCUCAGACAUCCUCAGCUGCACCGCCCUGAGUCUGGACCAGGUCCCCAGAGAGAUGCCCGUCUCCACCGUCACUCUGGAUCUCAGCCACAACCGCAUCGUACAGCUGGACGGGGGCAGCUUUGAAGGACUUUACCGAUUGGAGACAUUACGGUUAGCGCACAACCAGCUGACCACUAUUCAUCCGGGGGCGUUUCGAAACACCUCCGGGACUCUGCUCCGACAUCUGGACCUGUCGUCCAAUCAGCUUCGUGUUUUGGGGCAGCACUACUUCCUGGAAUUGCCUGGAUUGGAGGAAUUGCUGCUGUUCAACAACCGUAUUGUCCGUGUGGAGAGCAGAGCUCUGGCUGGGCUGAGCAGCCUCCGCAAGGCCUACCUCAGUCACAACCGCCUCACUGACUUCCCCUUCUUCUCCAUCCAAGAGCACAGCCACCCUCACCUGUCCCUGCUGGACCUGUCCUCCAACCGCCUGCCCAAACUGCCCCUGGAGGACAUAUCAAACUUACCCAUCUCAGUGCAGAGAGGACUCUACCUUCACAACAACUCCCUGGUGUGUGAGUGCUCCAUGUACGGACUGUUCCGGCACUGGGAACAGAGAGACUUUGCCUCUGUGACAGACUUCAGAAAAGAGUACACCUGUCUGGUCUACGGGAUCCAGAGAGGCACCGUACGCUUCUUCCAGCACGACCGCUUCUUUGAGAAAUGCAACCUGACUGCGAUGAGUCAGGCGUUCAGAGAGCAGAACAGCAGUGUUUCAGUGAAGGCAGGGAGUCCAGUGCUGCUGCACUGCGUGACCACGCUCACCGGACAUCAUGUGACCUUUCUGUGGGUGUCACCCAAUCAGGAGUACGUGGCACCGCCGGGAAACAAUGGGUCAUUGAAAAUGUUCACCAACGGCAGCCUGGAGAUCGUGGCGGCUCGAGCUGCGGAUGCUGGGAUCUACUGGUGCAUGUCUCUGGACCAGCAGCAGCAGCGCAAUGAGACGCGGGAGGUUAACGUGACGGUGUUGCCACACCACGACGAGCCUCAUGAGUCGUUCAACACCGGAUUCACCACCCUGCUGGGCUGCGUGGUGAGCCUGGUGCUGGUCCUCAUGUACCUGUACCUGACGCCCUGCCGCUGCCCUCCCUGCCCUAAAGUCCUGACCACAGCCACCGCCACCCCGAGCCAGGGGAACGAGGCCGGGGCGGGCAGCGCCCAGUCCUCCAUCCUCACCCCCACCCCACCGGCGACCACUGAGGGACCGGGCCGCAAGGUCAGUACCAACAAGCAUGUGGUCUUUCUGGAGCCAAUCAGAGAGCAGCAGAACGGCAGACUCAGGGCGGGGCCGGCAGGACAUUUGGGUCCGGGUUUAUUACUAGAGGCAGAGCAGCACUCAAACCGCAACCAGUCUCAACAGAGGGCGGGGGAGACAGACUCCAUCAUGUCCAUGUUCUCAGACACUCCCAUCAUGUUGCCAUAGCAACGGGACUAACAGAGACAGAGACACAGACUGGCACCAUCAUCACCUGUCACUUCCUCCUCUGCUUCUCCGUUACCCCCAGACCCCCUCCCACUGCACCCACUACC